AUGGCCCAAGGCAUCCCCGACAUCGAACGCCCCUGGUACCGCAAGGGCCAGUACUGCUUCUCCAUGGUCAGCCUGUUCUGCUACAUCGUCAUUUACUUGACCAACGGCUUUGCAGUCUUCCUCAAAGGCAACUGGUCCACAUCAAACUUCAUCUUUGCCUAUGCGUCUUUGUUGUUCUUUUUGGUGCCCUGGGUGGGGUACAAGAUUGUGCGGAGGGGGUGGCUGACGCCGUUGGAGGAGGUUGAUCUGUAUGCGGGGAGGACGAAAGAACAGCUGGACUCCAAUGACGAUGUCGAGAUGGAGCCGGUGACAAAGGGGCAGAAAUUCAACAAAUGGCUUUGGGGAUAG